GUAAAUCUUUUCUAAUAUAAAUUUUAUAAUAUAUAAUGUUUACAUGUUCUAUAACAAUAUUUAUAUAAUAUAACAUGUAUAUAAUAAAUAUAAACUGUGUGUUAUAGUUUGAUUAAGUUCGCCAUAUAUUGCUGCUUUAAAACAUUAAUAGUUAGCCUUGGGCCACAGGGUAGGUGGCAUUCAUCUAUAAGGAUGGCGGAGAUUGGCCAUUUCUAAAAAUUAGUAAAGAGACGUUCUCAAUGCCUGGGCACGCAGUAGUGUCACUUUAGAAUUCGGAAGGGAAAGUGAGGGGAUAAGGAUGUUCAUAAAGGGGGACGAGCUGGCGAUAUCAUUCAGCUUGUGUACCCUGGUGCAGUGGUUCUCAGUGUGCGUUCCUGGAGUGUCGGCAUCCCCCGGGAACUUGUCAGACAUGCAGAUUCUUGGGCUCUGCCUCACACCUACUGAAUCAGAAACCCGAGUCAUCCAGGUGGUCCUGAUGCAGCUAAAGCUUGAGCACUUUUUUCAGGGUGGUAGCAUGGGCACAGGAGCUUCACAGGGACACUACCACCACAUGCCAGCUGAUGGGAACUUGGGGGAGUCAUUUGACCUUUCUGUGCCUCAGUUUCCUCCUCAUGGGAUAAUGAUGGCACUUGCCUCGCAGGGUUGGCAUGAGGUUAAGUUCACACAUCGAAAGUACUCAGAAGAAUGGCUGGUACAUAGCGAUGUAGUGUUAUCUAUUUAUGACAUUGAUUAUGGUUAUUAUUGAUCUGAAGCUUUAUUAUUACUGUUAAAUAUCUGAAUCUUUAUUUUACAUUUGCCAUUGUUAUUAUUUAUCUGCAUCUUGCCCACUUUGGACCACUUCUGGCUCUAUUCUGACUCUGCUCUUGCUUAUUAUUUGCAUAUGUAUUUCUUCUAAUUGGUCAGUGGCUUUCUGGCCAUUUACAGGUUGAUUUCUCUCUGACAGGACAGCGUGUUCCAGCUCACUGUGGUUGAUUUCUUUGAUCAUCCAUUCUUAUAAGAUCCCCUUUCUUUGAUAGAGUUUUUUUCUUCCCUGAGGAUGGGGAUGGGAAUUCCCCUUCCGUUUUUUUCCAUUCUCACUGCUUCGUCCUCAAUGCUGGAAGUGUAGUUCUUCAUAUAGCUAAGUAUCUUUUCCAAUGUGCCUACCGUUGACUUCUGUUUCAAAAAUGUGUUUGUUUCCUUUUCUUUAUCUCCAUAAAGCAAAUGCUACGCAGCAUAAGCAGUAAAUGACUUCACACCAUGUAUAUACAUUAUUGGUUUGAAGAACGAGAGAGUAACAUUGACCUCCCCAUUCAACAGUUUCAAGGUCUCAACUUCAAUAAAGAUAUCUCCAUUCUAAGAAUUACAGUUCCACCCCACAUGUUGGAACAAGAUAAUGAAAACUGGAGAGAUAAAUACAAUUUCUAGAGACUGAGGAAAACUACUAAUGGUUUGUAUGGAAUAUCGCUUAUUUGAGGAUUUAGAAGAAGGAACAUUAGAGGAGAAUAUAUUUUAUCAUUCUUUCCACCCUUAACUUUUGGGAAACCCUUAUUGUCCCUUAACAUUUUAGAAGUUAAACCAGGUAAAUUGCAGAAUCGCCAAGGAAAAAAAAACUAAAGUAGUCACAUCAAAUUAUGAGAGUGUGUCAACAGUGAAGUACAUUUGAUGAACGAAGUCUGCUGAGAAAUAAAAUAGUAUAAAUUAAGAGCAUAUAAUGAAGUGCAAAUGAUAAAGCAUACUUGUAAAUUGAUGGGUGCAAAGAAGGAGAUGCUGGAUCUUGACAUAGAGAAGGGGACAAAGUCGUUUGCCAAACAUACUGUGAACACUGGGAGAAUCCCGUGUACAAGAGGUUAUACAGGUUAAUAAUUGGGACUAUUUAAAGGAUAAAUGAGUAAUUAUUUACAAUAAUGGGUGGAUCAGAAAAGAAGUGUGAAGUGAAUGUGUGCCUCUGCGUGUGAGGCAGGUACAAACGUGGGGAGAUAGAUAUUUGGCUUAGGAAGACGCACAUGAGAAAAGUAGGAUGCAAAAGAACCUCUUGAAUUUAGAGCAGAUUACAUUAAACUUUGCAGGUUUGAGAGGGAUUCACGGGGUACUGACAAGAACUCUGGUCUAACUUCCAACGACUUUGGACCUCAUUUUUUCUGCCAUGAAGCAUCCCUGUGGUGAAGACAAGUCACCAACCUCCCAGGCAGUAGCAGAAUCCCAUGGUAGCCAGGUGGGUGAAGGGGAGCGAGGACGUCCCACCUGCCUUGAAGAAGACGCCUUCUGACCUGCUGAGUGAGUGACCAGGUGGUCCCAAGAGCCUGACGAUGGACGCCAUGCACAUCAACAUGUCCAGUGCUCCUCUGGUGAAGCACACUGCUGGAGCUGGACUCAAGACCAACAGGCCCCGAGUCAUGUCCAAGAGUGGACACAGCAACGUGAGAAUCGACAAGGUGGAUGGCAUCUACUUACUCUACCUUCAAGACUUGUGGACGACCGUGAUCGACAUGAAGUGGAGGUACAAGCUCACCCUCUUUGCAGCCACCUUUGUGAUGACCUGGUUCCUGUUUGGAGUAAUCUAUUAUGCCAUUGCAUUUAUUCACGGGGACUUAGAACCCAGUGAGCGUAUUUCAAAUCACACCCCCUGCAUCAUGAAAGUGGACUCUCUCACAGGCGCAUUUCUCUUUUCCCUGGAAUCCCAGACAACCAUUGGCUAUGGAGUUCGCUCCAUCACGGAGGAAUGUCCUCAUGCCAUUUUCCUGUUGGUCGCUCAGUUGGUCAUCACGACCUUGAUUGAGAUCUUCAUCACGGGCACCUUCCUGGCAAAAAUCGCCAGACCCAAAAAGCGGGCAGAGACCAUCAAGUUCAGCCACUGUGCUGUCAUCACCAAGCAGAACGGGAAGCUGUGCUUGGUGAUCCAGGUGGCCAACAUGAGGAAGAGUCUCCUGAUUCAGUGCCAGCUCUCCGGGAAGCUCCUCCAGACCCACGUCACCAAGGAGGGGGAGCGGAUCCUCCUGAACCAAGCCACCGUCAAAUUCCACGUGGACUCUUCUUCGGAGAGCCCCUUCCUCAUUUUGCCCAUGACCUUCUACCACGUGCUGGACGAGACGAGCCCCCUGAGAGAUCUCACACCGCAGAACCUGAAGGAGAAGGAGUUCGAACUGGUGGUCCUCCUGAACGCCACUGUGGAAUCCACCAGCGCCGUCUGCCAGAGCCGCACAUCAUACAUCCCAGAAGAGAUCUACUGGGGUUUUGAGUUUGUGCCUGUGGUUUCUCUCUCCAAAACCGGAAAGUAUGUGGCUGACUUCAGUCAGUUCGAACAGAUCCGGAAGAGCCCGGACUGCACCUUUUAUUGCGCAGAUGCUGAGAAGCAGAAACUUGAGGAGAAGUACAGGCAGGAGGACCAGAGGGAAAGAGAACUGAGGACCCUUUUGUUACAGCAGAGCAACGUCUGACGGCAGUGGUGUCACUGCUGUUUAACUCUGAGAGCUGUUUCCACAUCUGAGCUCACUCCAAAAGCAAAGGUCGCUGUGAAAGCAAAACUGUGUGGACGCACUCUCAAAAAACCUCACAGGCUACAAACUUGAUCUUUUCCUUUGAUCUGGUGGCUAAACAAGCAUUUCCAUGUUUGAGAGGCUUCCUUUUAAAUGCUUUGUCUGAAGCAAACUCUCAAAAUUCAGAUUUUCUAAAGUGGGGCUACAUUUCAAAGAACUUGGUGUAGAGCAAUUGAAAAAAUGUCCUGCUGGAUGGACAGACAUUUAAUGAUGCUGACAUUGAAAGGAACGGCAUUUCUAUACAAGGAUAGCAGGUGUUUGUUCAAUUCAAGUAUCAAAGAUAAUAUGGUCAAGAGUUAAAAUGUGGUUCAGUAUUCAUUAAUAUCAUCGCUCUAAAACACACUCCUUUUCUUGUCAAAGAAAAUGUUAUGUAUAAUGGUAGCUAUCCGGUAACACUUAAGAAGGGGCAGG